CAGUUUGAUUUAGAUUUUGUUCGUGUGAGGAGCUACUUGCGGUUUACUUCAUUCUUGGUGAAUCGCUUUUUUUUCUCGGAUAAAUUUUCAUUGUUUCAAUGAAAAAUAUAUUUAACAGAAAUUGUUUAUGCUUGAUACAUUAAAUUGGUGAAAUGAAUGAUUAUAUUUCUGUUAUCAGAUAUUCUAAUUAAUUGUUGAAGAAAUUAAUUAAUAUAAUAUUCACACCCCUAACUACUUGCAAAUCGUGUAUGUUGGUUGUAUGUGUGUCUGUGAGUGAAUAAAGCCCGAUAAAAGAAAAUCGUAUUAAGGGUUGAAAUCAAGAGGAAAUUUAUCUCAAUUAUAUUCAAAGAAAAAUAAGUAAAAUUCCAUACGCAGUUUUUGUGUCCAUCCAGAUUUUUGCCUAAAUUUAAUUUCCAAACUACGUCUUUUCCGGUAGUGGUUAGGCUAUUUUCAGGGAAAAAAAGUGACCUAAAUUUUCCUCUUAAAUCAUUUUCAUUGUAUAAAUUAAAAGAAAAAAAAGAAUAAAAAAACGGUCCACCGUCGUCAUCGUUGAACUUUGCUUCCCCUUUGUUUUUCAUUUUGCAAUGCGGGAUCUCGGUACAAAGAUGGCCGAGCUUAAAUUUGAGGCUCCCUUAGCUAAAUUCGAGGAGUCCGACGAAUGGGGCGGUUGCGACUUCAUCACCCAGAAUGCCAUCAAUGACACAUUGAAUUUGAAUCUAAAAGAAGCCGAUGCAAAGAUUCUCCUCCUCGAGGAGGCCGUUCGAGAUGUUCACAAUAGCAAGAAUGGAACUGCAAAUUGCAAUGACAUUAAUUUGGGAAUAGAUAAUGCAAGUAAUUGUGGCGGAGGCGUUGGCAAUGUUGGAGGAAUGUUCAACAACAAGGACAAUGUGGAUAAUUUUACAGAAACAUUUAGCGGUAGUUUGGAGGAUUUAGUGAAUACUUUUGAUGAGAAAAUAACCAAAUGCUUUGGGAAUUACGAGCAGAGUGUUGAGGAGCUGGCACCUGUUCAGGUGCGGUCUCAGGAGGAGAUUAUGAAUGAAUGCCAAAUGUGGUGGACAAUUACUGGCAACUUUGGAAAUAUUCUCCCAAUCGAUUGGUCCAAAUCCUACACCCGUCAAAUGCACAUGCCAACUUUGAAUUUGGCUGAAAAUCGUCAUCAACAAAACACUAAUACCACUGCAGCAGAUGGUGGUAACAAUGGUAUAGCUGCACAAACCCCAAAUGGUAUUUUGGAUGAAUUGAAUGACCUAUCUAGCGAAGAUGAGGCUGUUGCCAAUGAUUUGGAUAUGCAUGCUUUAAUAUUGAAUGGACUUAAUCCAGAACACGAGGAACCGAUAAAAACUGUUGAGGAAGUUAUCAAGGAAAUAGAUGAUAUAAUGGAUGAGGCCACACCUUCCGAGGAUGAUAUAUUAGAAUCAGAAGUCAUGGAGAAAGCAAAAGAGGUGCUGGGGGCACCAUUGUACGCAGAUAAACUACAGUAUUUAUCAAUAUCUCAACUCAAUGAAUUAUACAUGGAAAUGGAAGUUCUUAUUCAGGAAUUCAGUGAAACACUUAUUAAUGAGCUGGCAUUGCGAGAUGAAUUGGAAUAUGAGAAGGAAUUGAAAAACACAUUCAUUUCAUUAUUAUUAGCCGUACAAAAUAAACGAAGGCAGUUUCAUGUUGAAAAGAAGCGUGGAAAAUCACAGGGUCAAGACCCCAAAUAUCUCACAACCGUCAUUCCUUAUCAUAUGGAAAAUGGAACCCCAAACAAUCAAGCAUUACAGGUGUUGAUAAAAAUUCUGAAGGCGAUCAAUGAAGACAGUCCAACAGUACCAACAUUACUUACAGAUUAUAUCCUGAAAGUUCUGUGCCCAACAUAGGUCGAGGCUAAAAAAUUCUCGCUUAAACAAGCAUUAAUUAAUUUCAAAAGAAAGAAUAAGAAAUUAAAUAGAUUAGUUAACACUUUUAUUUAUUAAGUAAAAUAAAUUUCAUAUAAAUAUGCAAAAGCAAAAAAAAAGAAUAUAUAUUAAAUAAUAUGCAACACCACUUUGCAGUUUUAAAAUUAAUUUAUUGAGAUUACACAAAUAUACAAAAAAUUAAAAAAAAAAUAUUUUAUUGCUCUAGAUACAAUACAACAAUAACAAAAAAUGCACCGUAUCUCUUUAAACAAAGAAGAGAAAAAAUUCUUUUCAUAAAGAUAAUUUUAAUUUGAAAACAUCAAUAAUAAAUUUAAACUGCCUAAAAAAAGCAAUUUAUAAAAUAUCAUUAUAAAAAAUAUUUGUACCAGCUUAUUUAUUUAAAGUUUUUUAUUGUGAUUUUUUUUUUUAAUUUAAUUUAAAAUUAAUGCCAUAAGCUUACACCAGGCUUUCAUUGAAAUGCAGAAUUAAUUCUUUAAAAUUCAUAUUAAAAAAAAAAAAUUGGUGAUUAUUUUGAUACAAUAAGUUUUUAUGAGAGAAUUAAGUUAAAAAAAAAAUUUGUAUAAAUUUCCCUGAAAAAUUCAAUGGUGUAUUUGAAUAAUACCCUCCCUGAAUAAGAUUAGCCUAAUGCGAAAUAUGAAGUUCAGGAUUAUCAAUGAGAAUAUUUAAUUUCUUUCACAGUGUUUAUAUAAUUUUUUGUUAAUAUUUGGUUAUACCGUAAAGAUGCAUUUUUUUAAUUUGUGUACAUGUCCAUAAUGUACAGUUUUAAAUAAAAUAAAUAUAAAAAAUAAAACAAAAAUUGUAUCUAUUGAUGUAUUUAAAAUAUUUAAGUCAUAAUUUUAAUUUGAUUGUAUAGCUUAGUCGUAAUUUUUUCUUUUAAGGUAUAAUAUAUAAUUUAAUAUUAAUUUAAUUUAAUAUUUUUGGGCUUUAAAUAUUUAUUAUUGAAAAAAUAUACCAAAUGGUAAAUCAAGGUUUGAAAAAAAUUAAUUUCUUUUUCCGUUAAAGCAUGUAGAAUGUGAAAUAAUCAUGAAGUUGGACUGAUCUACAUAUUUUCUCUAUGAAACCCAUCAAACGUUAUAAUGUAUAUCCACCAAUAAAUCUAUGAAUUGAUAUUCAGCUCCUUUGUUGUUUAAAAUAUCUAAAUGAAAUACCAGUUUAAAACCCGAUCUAAGGCCUACCGAGGAGUAACAAAUUUGUAAUCGUGUUUUUUUUUCAGCAUUGUUAUGAUCUCAAUGUCGAGGAGAUCAUAACUCUCCCACGUAUCUGCUUCACACUAGUGACCCACCUGUGGGGUUCGCCGGGUUGACCUCAGAAAUCUGUGGAAAGCCUGCCGAUUUUGUAUUGUUUCAUUUCUGAGGCCAACUGAAUGCUGGUGUCUUUGCGUUUCCUUGUACCUGGAGUUCUUAAGCCAGGAAUAAAACCUAACGUACUUUUAAAAUGAAAGUGAAGUUAAUAGAACGUUUUCCAGAUUGCAAACGUUGAAUACUAAUGUUGAGCAUUUUAUUCUUUUAACAUUUCAGUACCAAUUUCAUGUCUUAGACUUUUCCAUCUACAGUAAUUUAAUUAUAUAAAAAAAUAAACUUACACAUUUAAUUUGCCAUUAAUAAAAAUGAUAAUUAUAAAACAAACAAAAUACAAAUUAUUUUAUUCAAAUACUCAAAACUUAGCUUUAAAUGUAAUUUUUAUUUUUAAGUCAUUUCUUUCUAUUCUGUGGUAUUAUUUUAAAUCUUAAUUGCAUAUAAUAAAUAUAGAAAUUUAUAAAGAUUUACGCACAUUUACAAGUAAAAGUAAAAUUUAUACUUUUAUCUACUUCACUGUUUUUACUCUCCUCCGAAUAAUCGAACAAAUUUUGACCAAAUUUUACAUUUUAUUCUCUCUUAUUGGCUAGAUUUUUUAAUGGGAAAAAUAAUAAUUGGUUUUAUUUCUCUCACACUCGGCCAUUCAUACGGUACCUUUGAAGAACAAAAAAUAUAUAUAUAAUAAAUUUUUAAUAAAAUUACAUAAAUCCCUUACAAUUUCAAAAGAAACUCAAAUUUACUAGGGCUAUUGAAGCUUCUUUAAACUAGAAAAAAAUAUUCAAGUCAGUGUUUAUUACAACAAAAAUAAUACAAUGAAAAAAAUUAAACAAUUGCAUAAUCUUUAAUUUAAAAUCCAGUUAAAGUAGAUGAAAAAAAAUAUUUAAAUGAAAGAGUGUUAGCUUAUUUGUAUUUACAAAGACACAACUAAUCAUAAAUGUUUAUGUAAUAAAUAAAUAUAUUUAUGAAAUAUUACAAAAUGCAAAAAAAAAAAGAAAUAAGUUUAAUAUAUCCUACACAAAAUAAAAAGCAAGAUAUUUAAUAGACAAAAAAUAUAAUAUUACCUACCUAGUGUAAGCAACAUUAAAUAAAAUACAUUAAAAUAUUAUCAGAAGUAAUGAAAAGUAUCUCAAAACGUAUUUAAAGAAAAAAAGUGCUGAGCUAGAAAAUGUCUACAUAUUACGUGUAUUUAGAAACUUUAAGUAGAAAUAAAUACAAAGUCAAUCGUAUUUGCUGUAAAAAUAAAAAAAAACCGUUAUGAUUGUAA